AGGGAGAGGAGAACGAGAUGGGGGAAGAGGGAGAGGAGAACGAGAUGGGGGAAGAGGGAGAGGAGAAUGGCACCAACCUGAACGGGAACCAGGCAGACGCAUAACUAUCACUGACGACAUCAGGGCCACUGUGGUGGACCAUGUCAUCAACCAUGGCCUGACUAUGAGGGAGGCCGGGCAGAGGGUCCGGCCCAACCUCAGCCGCUUCACGGUAGCCAGCAUCAUUCGGACAUACUGACAAGAAAACAGAACUGCCAGGCGACCUGCCGUGGGAGGAAGGCAACGAGUGUUAACCCAUGCCCAGGAACUGGCCGUUGUCAACCUUGUGGUGGCAAACAACGCCAUCACCCUGCGCCAAUUGCGUGAGCGCAUCCUCGAAGACCAGGCAAUUUUCCACAAUGUGCACAGUGUCAGUACGACGACACUCGCCCGGGUCCUGCGGGAACACCACGUCAGCAUGAAACAACUUUACAAGGUUCCAUUUGAGAGGAACAGUGUUGCAGUCAAGAACCUUCGCUAUGACUAUGUGCAGACUGUCCUGGCCUUCGAUGCGGCAGCGCAGCAACAUGAGUACAUCUACAUAGAUGAAGCUGGGUUCAAUUUGGCAAAAACCAGACGUCGGGGCCGGAACAUCAUCGGCCAAAGGGCCAUCGUGAACAUCCCCGGGCAGCGCGGGGGCAACAUCACCAUGUGUGCCGCCAUUGGUGGUCAAGGGCUCCUCCAUCACCAUGCCACCCUAGGACCCUACAACACUGCACACCUACUGGCAUUUCUCGAUGCACUACAUGCUGUGGUCACACAGGACAGACCAGGGCAGCCCAUGUUUGUUGUCAUCUGGGAUAAUGUCAGUUUCCACCGGGCUGCUCUGGUCCGGGACUGGUUUGCCAACCACGACCAUUUCAUGGUGUUGCACCUGCCCCCUUAUUCCCCGUUCCUAAAUCCGAUCGAGGAAUUCUUUUCGGCAUGGUGGUGGAAGGUCUAUGACCGCCUACCACAUGUACGCGUGCCGCUCCUGCGAGCGAUGGAGGAGGCAUGUGGGGACAUCGAGGUGGGGUCGAUCCAUGGGUGGAUACGCCACACACGGAGAUAUUUUCCCCGUUGCCUGGCAAGGGAAGACAUUGCCUGUGAUGUGGACGAGGUGCUGUGGCCCGACCCCAAUCGACGACGAGAUCCCUGA